UGAGUGAAGCAUGUAAAUAUUCUGUAGGCUGGCAUGGAUUGCUUUUCCCCAGCAUGAGGGGGAUGGGAUGGGAGCAGAAGUUUUUGUUAUAUGUGUGUGUGUGUGUGUGUGUGCACCCCCUCCUUGUGCAUACCAGAGUCCGGAAAAAAACGGAUUCCUGUGAAAGUGAAAGAUAUUUUAGGAUCACUGGAUCUCAGGUCUCCGUCCGAUGAGCAGAUGAGUUUUGACAAAAUUUCUCGCACCCUGGUUUUGCUGUAAACUACUACUGGGUUAACUGGGGGACGCGGGGGCGCGCUCAAGGGGGACGGAGCGCGCAGCCCCGGGAUCAAGUUACAGUCCCAUUCCCAAACAUUUUUUCCUCCAUCACAAAAGUGGGGGAUGGUGAACGCUAUUUGGUUCUUUCAAACUUUUUAAAGUAACGAAAAACGGAGCUGGGGUAAACUUUGUGCUGGAAUUUAAAACGCAACUUUUGUUUCCAACUUUCACGCACCGCAUUUGUACCAUGAAGAGAAUUUCAACAGUAUGUGAGAGAGAAAGGAGGCAUAAAAAACUCUGGAAUCGGAAGAAAAUAAAUUUCUUUUAAAAAAGAAAAUGUGGAAUCGGGAAUCUAGGAAAUAUCCACACUUUGACUUGGUUUGAAUUCUUCAAGCGCAAUCGCGCGCGAGUGGAGACCGACAGUUUAUUUGGAAACAUUUGAUGAAACAUCGCUACAUUGUUGGGUCUCCAAGAUGUCCUCCAAGCGCCUCUGCUCCAUUGUUGGAGGCUUUUGGAUGCUUUGGAUCUGGGCAGCAACCUCUAUCAUCGCUCAGGCGGUUAUCUUGCACCCAAAUGAAACGGUAUUCAACGACUUUUGUAAGAAAUCGACAACUUGUGAAGUACUUAAAUACAAUACGUGUCUUGGUUCACCUUUGCCGUACACGCACACGUCUCUGAUUCUGGCCGAAGACUCAGAAACUCAAGAGGAAGCCUUGGAGAAAUUGGCCAUGUGGUCUGGGUUGAGAAAUGCUCCUCGCUGUUGGGCCGUCAUUCAGCCAUUGCUGUGUGCUGUUUACAUGCCAAAAUGCGAGAACGGAAAGGUCGAACUGCCCAGCCAGCACCUGUGCCAAGCUACACGCAAACCUUGCAGUAUUGUGGAGCGGGAGAGGGGCUGGCCCAACUUCCUCAAGUGUGAAAACAAGGAGCAGUUCCCUAAAGGUUGCCAGAAUGAGGUCCAGAAGAUCAAAUUCAACACUUCGGGACAGUGUGAGGCUCCCUUGGUCAAAACCGACAUCCAGGCAAGUUGGUACAAGGAUGUGGAAGGUUGUGGGAUCCAGUGCAACAAUCCCCUGUUCACGGAUGAGGAGCACUCGGACAUGCAUAACUACAUAGCCAUCUUCGGCUCCAUCACUCUCCUGUGUACCUUCUUUACGCUGGCCACAUUUCUCGCCGACUGGAAGAAUUCCAACCGUUACCCCGCUGUGAUCCUCUUUUACAUCAACGCGUGUUUCUUUAUCGGGAGUAUUGGAUGGCUCGCUCAGUUCAUGGAUGGAGCCCGCAAGGAGAUUGUGUGCAAAAGCGACGACACUAUGCGGCUUGGAGAGCCAUCAUCCACCGAGACGCUGUCAUGUGUGAUUAUCUUCGUCAUUGUGUAUUAUUCUUUAAUGUCUGGGGUCAUUUGGUUUGUUAUGCUCACUUAUGCCUGGCACUCAUCAUUUAAAGCCCUGGGCACCACCCAUCAGCCUCUGUCUGGAAAAACAUCCUAUUUUCACCUGCUCACAUGGUCUGUUCCUUUCAUACUGACGGUUACUAUACUGGCCAUUGCAGAGGUGGAUGGAGAUUCAGUUAGCGGCAUUUGUUUCGUUGGCUAUAAGAACUACAGAUACCGUGCAGGGUUUGUUCUGGCUCCUAUCGGGGUGGUCCUUGUCGUUGGCGGCUAUUUCCUGAUACGAGGGGUUAUGACAUUGUUUUCCAUUAAAAGUAACCAUCCGGGGUUGCUCAGUGAAAAAGCUGCUAGUAAAAUCAAUGAAACCAUGCUGAGGCUCGGUAUAUUUGGAUUCUUAGCCUUUGGUUUUGUUUUCAUCACUUUCGGCUGCCAUUUCUAUGACUUUUUCAACCAAGCUGAGUGGGAAAAAAGCUUCAGGGAAUAUGUACUAUGUGAGGCUAAUGUCACCAUAGCUCACCAGACCAACAAGCCGAUCCCAGAGUGUGCCAUCAAGAACAGGCCUAGUCUGCUGGUGGAGAAGAUCAACCUCUUCUCCAUGUUCGGUACAGGCAUUGCAAUGAGCACGUGGGUCUGGACGAAGGCCACCAUCCUUAUCUGGAAACGCACCUGGUUCAGAAUCAUUGGAAGAAGUGACGAUGAGCCGAAACGCAUUAAGAAGAGUAAAAUGAUUGCCAAGGCAUUCUCAAAGCGAAAAGAACUGCAGAAGGAUCCAGAGAAAGAGCUGUCCUUCAGCAUGCACACUGUUUCUCAUGAGGGACCUGUAGCGGGUAUAAACUUUGACCUGAAUGAGCCAUCAAUAGAAAUGUCUUCGGCUUGGGCCCAACAUGUGACCAAGAUGGUGGCUAGAAGAGGGGCAAUUUUACCACAGGAUAUCUCAGUGACGCCCACCGGAACACCGGUUCCGCCUCCAGAGGAAUGGAACAAUCUUUGGAAGGUUGUAGCAGAAAUUUCUCCUGAAAUGAUGAAAUGAAAGAAGAAGAAGAAAAAGAGAAGGAAGGAAUUACGGCCAACAGGUCCUGCAGCAGACGAAGGGAAGACUGCCUACCACCGGAGGGAGUUUGGCCCCAGCUCAGUCCCACGUCUCCCAAAACUUCCAGGUCACCAGAGUCUGGUGGCUAACCUGUGGGAGCAGCAGCGGCAGGAGGAACAGGAUAUGCUACCUGGAGCCUUCCCUGAAUUCAGGCCUUCAUGUCCUCUUCCUUACCAGGAGAGGUAUGGUGGUUUGGGAUAUUUGCGCAAUAAACCCUCCAGCCUCCCCCUUGCCCAUCCCCUAACGCUAAGAGAUAGCAUGCAAGAUGAAUCAGAUGGCUUCCAGCAAUCAUCAUGGCAACCUAAUAGGGUUUUCCGGCACCUUGAGCAGGAGGCUUCCAUGAUGGAUGCUGGCAGGACUGCCGUUGUGCCACGGGACGAUUGCAGGAGGGGUGUACCAAUACACUCCAGAACAAAUCUUAUGGAGGCUGAGCUAUUGGAUGCUGACUCAGAUUUUUAAAUCUUUGGAGUUGUUGGUGCUCAUUUUGCACAGUGAAAGGUACUGCAUACUCAUGCCAAACAAUGAACCUGAAGCAGAAGUGGGUUUGAACUGCUGUGCCAGCUCUGCUUGUUUAAAGGAUAAUACUUUUUUAUGCAACUCUCAUGAUAAUGAGAAUUAUCACAACUGGAUUUAUGAAACAUUAUUAAAGAGUCAUCAAGACAUUUGUGCCAUCAACAUGGAUUUUGUAUCAUCCCACAUGUGAUUGUGGAGACAAUACAUAUUGUUCAGUGUGCUAGCUGGGCUAAUAUGACAUAAUAUUGUUUGCUUUCUUUGUUUGAAACAGGUUUGUGUGUGAAGGGGCUUUAUUUAAGAAUGCCAUAUUUCGGAUCUUAGCUUUAAGGGGAAUUAUGUGAUUUCUGCAGCACUGGAGUUACCAAAUGGAAUCACAAAACUAAUGACUGUUUUCAAACAGGCCCAUCUGUCAUUGGUCAGUAAAAUAGAUAGCCCCACCCAGAACACAUGCCACUGACUGAGCCAGUGUUGCUGUGUUGGCAUAAUCAAAAAUAGCCAUUUUUAAGAUCUCUUGAUCUGUAGAUGGUGCUGUAACCAAAUUUGGCAUUUGACUUCAGAUCAUAGUGCUGAUGAAUGAUACCAAGUUUGGUUUUGAUAGAUCGAAGUAUUGCCAGGAUAUAGCCUCUAAUCCAAUUUUGGGUCGACGUUGUUAACUUAAUGUUAAUGUCAUAUUAAAGGGAUCUCCAACCCUGCUCCUGGAGAGCUACUGUCCUGCAGACUUCCUUUCCAGUCCUGCUCCAACACACCUGUCUGUAAUUAUUAAGUAGCCAUGAACACCUUGAUUAGCUGCUUCAGGUGUGAUUGAUUUGGGGUUGGAGCUGAAAUCUGCAGGACGGUAGCUCUACAGGAGCAGGGUUGGAGACCACUGCUAUAUUGAAUAAAUAGACGUUCUGUUCAGUUAUUUCUUUGCGACUUAGUCCAGUGGUCAGUUAGUCCAAUUUUGGUAUGAAUAUUGACUGUUUUCAAACAGGUUUCCCCAUCCGCCAUUGGUCAGUCAAACAGACAUGCCAUUGGUUGAGCCAAUUAUGCUGUGUUGAUGUUCAAACAAGCAUAGUGUACGAAUCAGUGUGUGAAUGGCUUAUUUAAAGUUGUCCCGACAUAUUAAACUGGGAUAUGUAAAAGUAUGUUUAACACCAGCUUGUAGUGGCCUAUAGUCUGUAGUAUUACCAUUGGUAUGAAAAGAUAAAACCAAUGUAUGGUAUUACUGGUAUAUCUGUUGGAAAACCUCACAAUUAAACAUCCUUGGCCUGACCUUUAUAGACACAAAGAAAAGGAACUGACAAAAGUGUUAUUUCUUCAGAAAAAGAGAAUUUAUUCAGCUAUUAUUGUAACUUUUUUGUUUGGAAAAAUUGCCUGGUGCAAUCACAAACAAGUCCAGCUCUCUCAUUUAAAGAGUGAGAGAAGAUAAAGGGCAUUGUUUUUGUGUGUUUGAAAUUGUAGCUCAAAAUGGUAAUGAAAAAUUCUGUUUCCAUUGACAAUUAUCUCUGUACAGUGCUAUUACAAAAACUAUUUUUGUACAUUAAAUUUUUUUUUUUUUUUCAUGUUUUACUUUAUAUUAUUUUAAACUGUACAUACUUUAGAUCACAUUUUUGUUUUUUACACCCAUUGGAGUGAUUUUUGCUUCAUACACAUUUGGAUUUGCUUAUCGGUGAGAAUUUUGUUUGAAAUGUUAAGGUUAUUUACACUUUUUAAUAUUUUUCUUUUUGAAAUUGGACCAUUGUUAGUAUCUGUGGCAAUAUGAACAAAAAAAAAGCAGCUGUGCCGCAUUUUUCUGACAAUUUGAAGCUGUCAUUCAAGAAUGUAUUUUAAGAAAAAAGUUUUUAAUGAAGAUGCUUGCGCUCUGUGACUGCGAUGCUAUCUGGUUUUUUUCCAUCACCGUUGCUGUUAUUGCCUCAUAAGAGCUGGUCUGUCCAUAUCAAUACUAUUUUAUGUCAGUAUUUUCAUGUGUGUGAGUGAUCUUUGCUGUUUUCCUGCUGGAGUCUCAUUCCCUUGUAUAUUUAUUUUUUAAUAUUGACAUGCCAUUAAUGAAUAAAAUCUACUGAAACAGA